AGAAUCUGUUGUCAUCAAUAGCCCUGGUCAUUUGCGUUCAUUUGUUGGCGAGACCGUAUUUUUCCAAUGGACCAGCAGUGUAAAACUUCUUGAAGCGGUUUGGGGUAUUCGUAGUGGCAACUCUGCUAACCCACAGUAUAUCUAUGUCGAUGAUACCGAGGUUGCAGUUAUCAAUCCUGCAUUGGACGCCAGUCUAAAAAAGAGACUUCAUUAUAAUGGAAACCUCGCAGUAGGUCGAGYAUGGUUCAGUAUUUCCAAUGCAAAUGUCAACGAUUCAAACACCUACAUUGCCUUAAUUCGUGAAGAGGGUUCCAGCGCCCAAGUUCCUUACUACCUUCAAGUCAUUGUAACUG